CACUCACCCCCUCACUCACCCCUCUAGGCUGUCUCUACAGCUGGUGGCUAUGAGCGCCACUCUGAGUGCGGGCUCCUCGCUGGCUCGCUGGCUCGGAGCCUCGUGGUUCAGUGGAAGCUUCCGGCCCGUGCCACUCCGGGAGAUCGUGAAGGCAGGCAGCUCGCUGUACACCACGGACGGAGGGUUCCUAGGGACAUACACACCCAGGCUGGCCGUCAAGGGAGACCCAGACCACGUGGUCAGCCUGGUCUAUGACGUCGCCCAUCUCGGCCACUCCGUCCUCAUCUUCUGCCCAACUCGUGCCUGGUGUGAGCGGCUCUCGCUGCUCAUCGCCGGAGCCUUCCGUGACCUCGUGACCUCUGGCGGACCCGUCCCCCCUGUCCCUGUGGACGAAGUCUCCCUGUCCCACCUUGUCCGGUGCUUACGCCGUUGUCCGAGUGGACUGGACUCGACGCUGGCCAGAACCAUUCCGGUUGGCGUCGCGUUCCAUCACGCAGGCCUCACUGUGGAGGAGCGAUCCGUGCUGGAGGAGGCUUAUCGCUCGACCUCCCUGCUGGUCCUCGUGUCCACCCACUCAUGA